AGCCUGAGACGGGGAGAGAGAGUUCCUAGAGCCCGGUAGAAGGGGCACCUCCAGGGCGCCGGCCGCUCCGGCUCACACACACGCUCCAGCCCGUCCUCUGUGUCCUUGUGGAGGAGAUUCGCCCGGAGGCCGCGCUUCCUUCUUUAUUCCUGCCUCCAACAACAUGGCCAGCAGCGGAGGUAGCAAUAGUACUAUUACUAGCGCCCCAGCCGGGCGUAUCCUGGGCGCCCGGAGCGCCAACCCCCGCAAGGCCCGCAUCCAGGGCUUCAUCGAUGCCAUCCAGGACGCCGUGGGACCCCCGAAACAGGCGGCGGCCGACAGGCGGACGGUGGAGAAGACCUGGAAACUGAUGGACAAAGUGGUAAGAUUAUGCCAAAGUCCAAAGCUUCAGCUGAAGAACAGCCCUCCUUACAUACUUGAUAUUUUACCGGACACGUAUCAACAUUUGAGACUUAUUCUGAGCAAGUACGAUGACAACCAGAAACUUACGCAGCUCAGUGAAAAUGAAUAUUUCAAAAUCUAUAUUGACAGCCUAAUGAAAAAAUCAAAGCGAGCAAUUAGACUCUUCAAGGAAGGAAAAGAGAGAAUGUAUGAGGAGCAAUCGCAGGAGAGGAGAAACCUGACAAAGCUGUCCUUAAUAUUUAGCCAUAUGUUGGCAGAAAUAAAGGCAAUAUUUCCCAAUGGACAGUUUCAAGGGGAUACCUUCCGUAUCACAAAAGCAGAUGCUGCAGAGUUCUGGAGAAAGUUUUUUGGAGAGAAAACCAUUGUGCCCUGGAAAGUCUUCAGACAGUGCCUUCAUGAAGUUCAUCAAAUCACAUCUGGCUUAGAAGCAAUGGCUCUUAAGUCCACCAUUGACUUGACAUGUAAUGAUUACAUAUCUGUAUUUGAGUUUGAUAUUUUUACAAGACUAUUUCAGCCCUGGGGCUCCAUACUAAGGAACUGGAACUUUUUAGCAGUGACUCAUCCAGGCUAUAUGGCUUUUUUAACCUAUGAUGAAGUCAAGGCACGUUUACAGAAGUACAGCAGUAAGCCAGGAAGUUACAUUUUUAGGUUAAGUUGCACAAGACUGGGACAGUGGGCUAUUGGCUAUGUGACUAGUGAUGGGAAUAUCCUGCAGACAAUACCUCAUAACAAACCCUUGUUUCAAGCUCUGAUUGAUGGCAGUCGAGAAGGAUUUUACCUGUAUCCUGAUGGCCGAAGCUACAAUCCAGAUUUGACAGGUCUAUGUGAGCCCACACCACAUGAUCACAUCAAAGUUACCCAGGAACAAUAUGAGUUGUACUGUGAAAUGGGCUCAACGUUUCAGCUGUGUAAAAUAUGUGCAGAAAAUGACAAAGAUGUGAAGAUUGAGCCGUGUGGACAUUUGAUGUGUACUUCAUGUCUCACAUCUUGGCAGGAAUCUGACGGACAGGGAUGUCCUUUCUGCCGUUGUGAAAUCAAGGGUACAGAACCAAUUAUAGUUGAUCCUUUUGAUCCAAGAGAUGAGGGCAGGAGUAGUAGUCACUUUGAUAGUUUAUGUACGCCCAUGCUGGAUUUUGAUGAUGAUGAUGAGCGAGAAGAAUGCUUGAUAAUGAACCGACUUGCCUGUGUGAGAAAGAUGAAUGAAAGACAAAAUUCACCGGUGACCUCUCCAGGUUCUUCUCCUAUUUCCCAAAGAAAAAAAACUCCCCCUGAUCCUCUACAAAUCCCUCACCUUAACCUACCACCAGUUCCUCCUCGACUGGAUCUAAUUCAUAAAGGAGUUGCUCGGUCUCCUUGUGCCAGUCCUACUGGGUCACCAAAGUCAUCGCCUUGCAUGGUCCGAAAACAAGAUAAACCGUUACCUGCACCACCGCCUCCUUUAAGAGAACCUCCACCCCCGCCAGAAAGACCUCCUCCAAUCCCACCUGACAGCCGAAUGUGUAGACAUGUACAUCAUAUGGAAAAUGUGCCUUGUAGAGACCAGCCAAUGCCCCUUGAAGCCUGGUGUCCUAGAGACAUUUCUGGUGCCAGUCACUUAGCUGCUUGUCGUCUAACACUUGAUGGCUCUCCUAAACUUGGAAAAACUGCAAACUCCAUUAUAAACGGGAGGCAUAUGAAACAUUUGAGUUCUGAGGCAAGAUUCAUGCACAAACAUCAUAAGCAUCAUGAUUUACCCUCCGAAAGUGUUAGGGUUUUAUCAAAUGUGCUAGUAGAGGAGUAUGACGUGCCUCCCCGACUUUCUCCACCUCCACCAUCUAUUUCUAUUCACUCUACAGUAAAGUGUCCUUUAUCAUUACACUCCUUGCCCGAUAAAGUGAGACAUUCUAUAGAAGAUGAUGAUGGUGAAUACAAAAUACCAUCCUCUCACCCCGUAUCUUCAAGGCCAUUGCCUCUCCAUUGUCAUAGUAUGAAACCCUUUUCUAGGCUGUGUGAAAAUGGCCAGUGUUUGACAAAUGGCAUGCACAAUGACACGUCUGAAAUAAAAAAACUAAAGCCUCCAGAUCUUGGCGAUGAAUCAUUUGACAGUUCCCCUCCUUCACAACCCCCGCCACCACCCCCAGCUCGUGUCUGCAUCUCCGAACAUUCAAAAUCAACUGCGUCAGGAAGCAGACCAAACUCUGCCUCGGACUUGUUUCUUCUUCCUAUGGAAGCACCUUUACCACCUAUCCGCAGAGCAACAAAUGAUGUCAAGCUAAAUCGACUUUCCCAAGAAUAUGAUCAGCUGCCAUCAUGCUCAGAAUCCGAGACUCAUCAGACCAGGCAACAUUUUUCCAGUCUUCAACAGUCCAAUUUUGAUUGUCCACAAGUACCAGCCAGACCGCCCAAACCACUCCCCCGCAGAACGGCACCUGAGAUUCACCACAGGAGACCUUACAGCGCGGAUUGUUCAACAGAGAAUGUAGAUGCAAAAAUAGCAAAAUUAAUGGGUGAGGGCUACUCCUUUGAAGAAGUAAAAAGGGCUCUGGAAAUCGCUCAGAAUAAUGUGGAUGUGGCCCGCAGCAUACUUAGAGAAUUUGCAUGCUGUCCUCCACCGAUCUGCCCACGAUUAAACUUGUAACAAAAUGACAUAGCUUUUAAGACUUCACUCUUGGAGCAAAGCGGAAGAAUGGAUUUCAUUUAUCACCUUAAUUUAAAACUGUCAUUCCAGCAUUUUUUUUCCUACAAAACAUAUGACAAUGCUUACGGGCCUGAAUCCAAGUUUACUUGGUUAUAUGUCAAAAUUAAAGAUGGAGAAAAAAAUCAAAAAUUGUUCAUUUGGAAAAUAUGAUCUAUACAGUUCAUGCAUAUAGGAAAGCCUAUUUCGUUCUCUGAAAUAAUCUGUGAAUUAUUUUUUUCUCUUGUUUAGAGCUGGUAAGUUUUUUUAUGAUUUUUAUUUUUUAUUUUUUUGCUUUGUUAUAUUUUAAAAAAAGAAUAAUUUGUGUUGUAGACAUUCAGCAGCACUUUCUGACCUCAUUGCAUUCUGGAAAAUGCUUUUCAUUCUCUGUAUUUUAUUUCUUUUUGUACAACUUUAAUUUAUCCAAAUAUACUGCAAAAAAGUGGCCUUUACUACUGACAUACUGAGUUAUUUUGUAUUAGGCUAAAUUGCAUUUGAAUGUGUAAAGAAUACAAUUUUUUUUGCGGAACAAUUGCCUUUACAAAUGUAUUUUGAUAUCAUUGUGUAGCAAAGCCGAAUUACUUUGGAUAUGGCAACUUUACAUUUUUUUUAUGAAGAACAUGCAUACGAGCAAAAGCAUACAAUAAACAUCCGGAUCAUCCUUUUGUACUCUGGUGCUUGUAGAAAAUAAGCAUCAAAGUACCAACUUAUUUAAAGAGCUUGACGUCAUCUUUGCCAGGGUGUUGGUGCUGAAUGAUGCAUUAUCCGACCUAGUCAAUUACAAUCUGUACAUUUUAUAAGAAUUAAAUGUAACUUUUGCCAUCAGUAAAAUGAAUACAUGAAUUUUGUAUCCUCUCAAGCAUCACGACUGAACUUUUGGGCAACCAUACCAGUGCAUUGGCUGCAACAAACUCAUUCCAUUUAAUAUCCUUGAAAAGGUACAAUUAUGUAUGUGCUUGAUUUGAACAGGCUCAUUCUUUCUAUACUUUGUGAUGCUGCAUCUGUAAACCUAGUUUGACAAUGGAAAUUAAUGUUUGCAUUGCUAGUGUUUCUAAAGUGUUUUAUAAGCCAUACUACUUGAACAGGUCAGUCAAAUGCAAUAAAGAAAAGCACCAAUAUAAAAUCCUCAAUGAAAUAAUGGCUUGUUCAUUUUACAUCUUUUUGCACAACUGCCCGUUUGGAAAAAAAAAUAAAAAAUCAUGCCAACGUAAUAAAAAAUAUCCUAUCCUA